AUGAAACUCAUAAAGGCACUCUUUAUCACUGUGCUUUUGGCGUGUGUCGAGGGAGCAACGAGGGGUGGCAGGAGCGAAUCUCUUCGGACAAGGCAACGGGGAUGUGUAACAUCAUGUUCGGGAGUAUGCAGUAAUUUUGGCUGGUUUCCCGACUUAGUAAAAGGCUUAGAAAAAUCAAGGCAGUCACGAACGAAUGCAGUAGAAGCAGCAAAAGCAGCAGAAGCACUACAAAGCGCAUUGGAUAAGGUAAACGCUGAAAAAGAAGACGACGAGGAUCCCAUGGAAGAAGAUGGAGAAGAAACUGAGGACAGAGGAGAAGAGUCCGUGGGAGUAGCAAGUACCCGAUGA